AUGGACACUCAAAACUCUCUCUUCUCACUCUUUUGUUUCUUCCUAGUUUGUUUUUUCAUUGUAGAUGAACAAGUUGUUGUUGAAGGUAGGAGGUUGCCUUGGACAUCAUCACCCUUUGGUUUUAGACCAAAAAUGUUGUUUGUGUUCGGAUAUUCCUAUGCUGAUACGGGGAACACUAAGAUAGCAGAGACAAGAUCUUGGAAAUUCCCUUACGGAAAUACAUUUCCCGGGAAACCUUCUGGUCGUUUCUCCGAUGGUUUUGUUUCCACUGAUUACAUUGCGGGGUACUUGGGAAUGAAGACACCGAUACCGUACAGAUGGAGGGAACAACUGAGUGAGCGAGUGAAGGAUGGAUUGAACAUUGCUUAUGGAGGUACAGGUGUGUUCGACACGAUGGUUGCGGAGCCAAAUAUGACCACCCAAAUCGAUUUCCUACAACAGCUUCUCCACGACUCAGUCUACACUAAAAGGAAUUUGAAAACUUCAGUCGCAUUUGUCAGUGUUGCAGGCAACGACUACGCCACUUACAAUGCCAAAAACGGCUCUGCACAGGAUUUUCCGGCCUUCAUGGAAAGCCUCGUGAACCAACUUAUGGUGAAUUUAAAACGCAUCCAUGACAUGGGAGUGAGGAAAAUAGGCAUUACCUCACUGCUACCAUUGGGUUGCCUCCCUAGAAACACUGCCCCAUUCUCCUUUCAACACUGCGACGAUACUUACAACGCCCUCGUUGCCCUUCAUAACCAGCUCUUGUCUCAAGUUGUCAACACCUUGAACCAACAAACCAAUACCUCCAAUAACCCCUCAUUCUUUAUUCUUGAUCUUUAUAAUGCCUUUUGGACAGUUUUCAAUCGGAAUGAAACUUAUGAAGGAAAUGAUCCAACAUUUGAGAAGCCAUUUGAGCCAUGUUGUUUUGGAGUAAGUGGAGGAUUUAAAUGUGGAAAUGUAGAUGAAAAUGGGGAAAAUAAGUACACACUUUGCUCAGACCCUAUAUCCAAAUUCUUUUGGGAUGGAGUUCACCCUACAGAACAGGGAUGGUACGUUGUAUACAAAACUCCUGCAUUUCAAAACAGUCUCAAGCAAUUUUAUGGUUUGACUUAGGGACUUUGCAAUGUUUACUUUUGCUUUUGGUAUCUCUUGAGAUCCCUUUUGUAAUGAUCUCUUGGUUCAAUCAGUUGUAUGAAAGCUCUUCACUGUUAUUACCA